AAAUAAAUGCAGACGGCAGCGUGCGGGAUUGGUGUCGUAGUCUCCAUACCGUGUUGGCGUUUGUGAUAAUGCACAAGAAGAUGCUCCGUGACAAACUGAUGUCUGCUGAAAAAUCACCUAAACGGAUAUAAAAAAAUAAAAUACAACUAAAGCAGCUCUUCCUCCGACACAACCAACCAACAAAUAUAUAGAUAAAACCAGUUGUUUGCUGAGGGUCUCACCCAACAAUAAAGGUGACUGAAUUAAGCGGUUUCGGUGGUUUCCCCCCUCUUUCCCCCUCUACCCCCUUCCACCUACCCUCAGAAAUGUCCAAUAUGAACACUAAUGUCUGUGUGGAGAAUGGACAGAACCCUGAGGCUUCCGUGCUCCCCAAGGAUAACCUGGUGGAGGGGGCUUUGAACAGCCUUAUGGAUUACAAUUCGGAAAUGGAAAGGUAUAGGUCCUUUGCAACGUUUUACAAAACGAAUGGUGCAUUUCCUCAGGCUGCUAAAAUUGCCAGGAUCACCACUCCUAUCUUCCCCAGUGCCCGGAUAGGCAUGACUCCUUGGAACUGUGAUAAUGCAAUGCUUUGGGGGAGGAAAUCAGCCGCUAUCAACCCUAAUAGGACCAGCAUGCACAGAAACGACUCCCAAAGGCUGGGGAAGCCUGGCGCAGCGCCAGAGUCGUUGCAAAUGGCAAAUAAUAAUUUCCUUUCCACCUUAUCCCCUGAACACUGCAGACCUUUGGCAGGGGAAUGCAUGAACAAGCUCAAAUGCGGCGCCGCUGAAGCAGAGAUAAUGAAUCUCCCUGAACGCGUUGGAACUUUUUCCGCUAUUCCGGCUCUAGGGGGCAUCUCAUUACCUCCAGGGGUCAUCGUCAUGACAGCCCUUCACUCCCCCGCAGCAGCCUCGGCAGCCGUCACAGACAGUGCGUUUCAAAUUGCCAAUCUGGCAGACUGCCCGCAGAAUAAUUCUUCGGGAGCUGGCGGGAACCCUGCCAAGAAGAAGAGGAAAAGGUGUGGGGUCUGUGUGCCCUGCAAGAGGCUCAUCAACUGUGGAGUCUGCAGCAGUUGCAGGAACCGCAAAACAGGACACCAGAUCUGCAAAUUUAGGAAAUGUGAAGAGCUUAAGAAAAAACCUGGCACUUCACUAGAGGUCAGAGGAGAUGAUUCUUUCUUUCCCUGCCUUCCCAGCUCCCUACUUCCCCCCAUCCCUCCACCCCUUCAGUGCCUCUUGUCUGGCUUCAAGACGCACUACCCCUUUUCCGAUGCCUCCGUCAGGUUGUGAGGGUGUCAUUAAUGCACGGCUUUAUGUGCACAGAGAGAUCAUUUGUGUGUAUGUGUGUGUGCUCAUGCAGCUGGCACUUUUACAACUUUUUCUUCACGCAUUUAAGUAUUAACCCUGUGUUGCCAUUUCUGAGUACCUGGGAGAUAUAAGAUGUUCUGUGUGUGUUUCCAUGAGGAUGGAGCCUAUUGAUAAUAUAUUUUGAGAGUUACGGGAAU